UUAGCAAAAAUAAUCCAUAUUUGGGAAAUGCUAUCACAAGAACAAGACUGUAUCUUGUCAUGGAAAAACUGACAUUUUGAACAACGUAAACUAGAAAAUUGAGCUGCUAAAAGAGGAGUUUCAUGGAAGUCUGAGCUUAUAUUUGGAAGGCCAAAACAUUCUUUGGAAUGUGUCCAUCUUCUGUUAACUGUUUUUAAUAUUCAUGGAAUACAGGCCAAGUGUUAAAGAGAGUUGUUUAAAAAAUGCCAGCCAGUGUCAAAAAAGUCUGUAUCUAUCUCCUGAUAAUUUCACAUUAAGGCUGGAACUUAAACAUAAUAAAUUUACUUAGGAAAAAAAGAAAGUAAAUACAGUGGUGUGUAGAAAAUUGUUUAAUUAAGUAGCUGGUUAUGUUGCUUGAAGGAUACUGAAGGUACAUUUCCAAACUGUCCUGGCUGGGCUGAGACAUUGUCAUUUGAGUGGGAACAACAGGCAGGUUUACCAAGUUUUUUCAUUUACUUUUUAUUAAAAAUAUUCUUUGAAUAUUGCCAGGCAUUGGCUAGGGACGGUUCGCUUACAGAGAGAUAAAUGAGUUUUUGAGAGGGAAAUUAACCAAACUUCUAGUAUGUUAGUACUUUCAACAACUCAAGAAUAAUUUAGGGUAAAAAAAAAUCACUAGAAAUAAAUAAGUUUCUUAAGUACAACAGAGUGAGUAAAGACCACCUGAAUUAAAAUCUCACUUUCUGCUUGAAUUUAGUCUGAUGAGCAAGAAUUUUGCUCUUUGGAGCUGUAAUUUCUUAAAAAUCUGUCAGCAAGAGACAUGCCAGUUUCUGGAAACUUUCUCCCACUCAGUCAGGGCUUAAUAGAUUGCACCACACUAAUGAGGCACCGAGGCAUCCACUUAGCAUCUCCCAAUAGAUUCUUGUUCCUUGGAAAUGUAAUACAAUAACAAAUCAUGAUUGCUGAGCCUCGCUGUAGAAAAAGUCCUUCCCAAACAGCAAAAAUUAAGGAGGCAUUUCAUGGUGAGGUCAGGGUUUAGAAUUUCCACAAAGCAAUCCAAAGUUUUGGGCUGGUUUCUUUUUUUUUUUUUUUUUUUCCAAUCUGUCCUGUCUUAGUGUACUUUGUUUCAGUGUAAUUAAACUGUGCAAACAUUAAACCCCAUUUAUUCAUUAUUAUGGCUUUCUUCUACUGGCAACUGAGUCAGAGAUAAGGAAUUACAUCAGUAGCUCCUGAAGAAAGGGCACAGUAACCUGCUUUGGAGCAGGAGCACUCCUGAUCAAUUCUGCAAGUUGCUUCCCAAAUCCUGCCCUAUCCAACCUCAGCAGUGCUAAGGAGAAGGUUUGGGAAGCAGUGAACACCAUUUACUGCAUUCUGCUGUUUUAUUCACAGAAUCCCAGAGUUGUUGGGCUGGGAGGAUCUCUGGAGAUCGUGCAGUCCAAGCCCAGAUGCAGUUCAUAUAUUUCAUAUGCAACCAAGGAGAGCUGUCUAACCAGGCAGCUUUCUUUGCUGGUAUUUUUUUCAGUUGAAGACUCAUUUAAAGUUGCCUUUUCUCCCUUUAUUUUACCAUCCAUUUAAAUGGAAGUAUGUGGGGGUGAAGAUCAGUCGUUCCAGCAUCUUACACCAGCUCCUUGCCUUGGCCAUGCCCCCUACACUCAAACACACUUGAAGAGGUGGAGACAAAGACACAGCCUGGGAUGUAACCACAUUCCAGACAUGCUGGUUUAACUUCCAUGGAGUCAUUUCUGUCCUCAUUCUCAGGAGAUGCUCAAGGGCUCUGAGCUGUGAGCAGCUGGCACAGAGGAAUUGUCCUGGCAGAGCCUGAAGGAAUCCAGGAUCACAGCACUCCCCAGGGUGCUCCUGUCUCCUCUUCCUAUGGAUGCUGCUGGCACCAAGGACACGGCUCCUCUCCCGACACCCACCGUUCUGGAAAUAAAAAUCCCCAAGCAACCCAACACGUUUUCAUCCAGGAGUGCAAACCAUGACUGAACGUCCAAGGCCUGGACGCCCACUCCGAUUCUCACUCUGUGAGCCGGCAAAAAAGAUGUCCAACAACACAACACAGGCCUCCAGCAACACUCCCCCAGCCCUCCUAGGCCUGCUCCUGGGAGGCAUUUCCCUGGUCACCAUUGUCAUGAACAUUCUAGUGCUGUGUGCUGUGAAAAUGGAGAAGAAGCUGCAGACUGUGGGCAAUUUAUACAUCGUGAGCCUCUCCAUCGCCGACCUGAUCGUGGGGGCGGCCGUGAUGCCCCUGAACAUCGUGGACCUGCUGAGCCCCGCGUGGCCCCUGGGGCUGGAAGCCUGCUUGUUCUGGCUCUCCAUGGAUUACGUGGCCAGCACGGCCUCGAUUUUCAACCUCUUCAUCCUGUGCGUGGACCGCUACCGCUCGGUGCAGCAGCCGCUCAAGUACCUCAAGUACCGCACCAAGAUGAGAGCCUCGCUCCUCAUCCUGGGGGUCUGGCUGCUCUCCUUCACCUGGGUCAUCCCCAUCCUGGGCUGGCACCUUUUUGCCAACAACGGGCAAAGGACGGUGGAGGAAAACAAGUGUGAGACGGAAUUCUUCAAAGUCACCUGGUUUAAAGUGCUGGCGGCUAUUUUCAACUUCUACCUGCCCUCCCUGCUGAUGCUGUGGUUCUACUGCAAAAUCUUCAGGGCUGUUCAAAAACACUGCCAGCACCGAGAGCUCAACAACAGGUCUCACUGGUCCUCCACGGAAAAAAACACCGUGCAUCAGAGCAAGACAAAGGAUGACAAAAAUAUUUGCCUCCAGGAGCAAAUCUUAGGUGAGAACACCCCCGGUGCUGACAAGAAAAACUCCCCAGAGACCCAAAAAGUGGAGGCAGAGCUUCAUUUCAGCCAUCCUGACAAGGCUUCAAAGGCCCUGUGUGAUGGGAAGGUCCUGAAGUGGAGCUGUUUCUCCCUCACCACAGCCAAGGCUGAGCCUGGCUUGGAUAAAGCAGGGAAGAGGGGGGCGUGUGCCACGAAAAAACCUGGGGACAAGGAGCAGCCUGACUGCCCGGACAGUGACUCCAGUGGGGCUUCAGACAACCACACCUUCACUGAGGUGGCCCCCCAGGCAGAGCCCAGCCCCGAAGGAGCCUGCCUUCCUCAGGGGAGCACCAGGGACUCCAGGGGAACGACCUUCCUGAGGCAAACCUGGCAUGCCCUGCACAGCCAUUCCAGGAGCAUCCACCGGCACGGCAACAGGGACAGGAAGGCAGCCAAGCAGCUGGGGGUGAUCAUGGCAGCGUUCAUGAUCUGCUGGAUCCCCUACUUCGUGCUGUUCAUGGUGAUAACUUUCCACGACCACAAACAGCUCUUAGAACUGCACAGGGGCACUAUAUGGCUGGGCUACAUCAACUCCACCUUAAACCCAUUCCUCUAUCCUCUCUGUAACCAGAAUUUCAAGAAGACUUUUAAAAAGAUCCUUCACAUUCAUUGAUGCUGGGCUGGGGUUUUGGAGCUCAAGUGCAGCUCAGGAGUUCGACCACACGAAAUGUUCUGGUUUCAAAGGAUGGGUACAGUGAAAGACUUUGGCAAACUGUAAUCUGUAAAGAAGUGGAGCUAAAAGUGGGAGAUGUGCAUUUAAUAGUUUUAACAUAUUUGAAGAACGACUUCAGGUCAAGAAUCUGAAAAACUCAAGGUCAGAACAUGAACUGUUACACUGCUGUCAACCUUUUACCGUUUGAGACCACCACUUCCAUCACAGAAACGGAGACACAGAUAAAUCUCUUCAGUGAUUAUAAAUUAUUCAGCUACAGAACAGGAAGAAAUCACAUUUCUGUCAUUGGCCACAAACAUUUUUCUCUUUCAACUUACUCCAUUACACACAUUGCUUGUGAAGUGAGAUUUGCAAGUGGAGGUACUUUGCACAAAGAACCUGAAACUGUUUAAAAAAACUCCCCUAUUUAUUUAUAGCUUCCUCCAAAGCACAAACUUUUCAUCAAGUGUCAAGUUUUAUUGUGUAUGCUACUGUAUCUCUUUGAUAUCAUGCUUAUAUUAACUGUACAUUAACUUUGCUGAAAAAAAAAGUAGAUUUUACGUCCCAAAAGGGUUUCCAUGCUCAAUAUACUGUCACCAUCUGCUCCAGAAGAGUGUGCUGUUGUUUCUAGACUUGAGGAAUAUAGCUGAUUAUACAUAAAAUAUGUUUACCU